CAUUCGCAGCAUAGUCCUUUGAUUCUCACUGCAGCGAGACAGUACGGGAAAACCUAAUUACAAGAUAGGAAAAUGUACAAUAUAGAAUUACUUUCGGACCGCAUUGCUGCUGCUAGUUUGGAGAGGAGGCGCAAUAGAGAGACGGAACGUCAAGAUAGGAUUUUCAAUGCUAAAGUUAGAACAAUUGGGAUAGAUAAAGUGGCUCUUGAAUCCCAAGUGAAUGAAAGAAAGAAAAAAGAGGAGGCAGAGGCAGAGUCACUAAAAGCACAUGCUGCAGAUGCGGUGUGUAAUGACAAGGCCGCCUGUCUACUUGAUCAACGCCAACUCAAGGAUGAGCGUCUGCUGCAGGGAGCCAUAGAGGACUUCCGGCUGAACUUCCAGCCGCGGUGGAGCCGACGAGAGUAUGACUUAAGCAACCCGGACAAAGUUAAGAAUCAGGACAGGAUCCAGAUGCUGCCGGGGCUUGUGGGUGAAGACCCAGACAGCCAGGGGAGGCUGAAGAAGCAGCAGGAGCAGCUCAGAGAGUGGUCCGUCCAGCAGCAACAUGAGCUGGCCACAGCACGACACCAGCAGAGACUGGAAGAGCACCAGUAUGACCAGGAUGUAGUGGCCCUGGACUUCAAAGCUCUCCAGCUCCAGAAGAUCGAGGAGGAGAGGAGGAGAGCCGCAGCCCUGGCUACAAAGGAUUUCAAUCUGGCAAAGGCAGCAGAGAAUGCAGAGAAGCGGUGGAAGGAGUGGCAGCAGGAGGAGGAGGACAACAGGACAGACAUCCUAAACCAGCUGCAGGGGGAGCUGCUGAGUGAGAGCCAGGAGCAGGGCAUCAGUGUGCUGGGUCUACCCCGCCUCAGGCCUGACAGCUGCAAGGGCCUCACAAACGAGCAGCUGCAGCACAUCAUCGACUGCCAUCAGCAACAGAUCGAGAAGAGGAGAAGCAUCGAAUGGAAUGAACCUCUCUCUUCACGUUUGGUUGUGCAGGCUGAGCAGCAGCAGGAGGAGGUCCACCAGGACCGGUGCUGUGUGGCCUCGGCUCACACCGCCCUACUACUGGAGAGACAGCAGGCCCGCAUCAACAAGCAGCUCCGUCGCACCCUGGAUAACACCAACACACAGCUGGCUGAGGCCCACCAUGAACAGAAAAAGUACUUGGAUAAUGUGUACACUAACAUCCCAGAUGACAGUUACUUCUCCCAGUUCAACACCAGCAGUCGAUAAAGGUUGACAGGGCCUAACUGUGUCGUGCACUAUUGGAGAGAUACGUUUCUUGUCUAUGGAAAUAAAUUGAAUUGGCAUAAUAAAUGAUUUGUAACACAUCAAAACGUUUUCACUACUUACAAAAUACAAUCAAAAAUCUUAAUAGAAAAUUGGGUGGCCAUGCUUAAGGCUGCCUACUGUUCUACAUUAAUUUGUCAUAAUGUGUAUGUGCCUAAUCAGAAUGAUAAAGUGUGUACCUUGUUAAAAUAGGUAUAAUGAAUUAAA